AUGCGCCCCGGACUCGUCCCCGGUCGGCGCGAAGAUCACGCCGUGCGCGAGGAGAUGCGCCAGCACGUCGUCUCCGACGCGCGAGAGCAGCAGCGCCCACGCCUCCCCGGAGACGCCGGACGUCAGCGCCUCUCUCGCCGCGGACGCGUGCGCGACGUCGACGUCGAGGAAGCCGUCCAAAGAGUUGGCACCCCUCCCCGGCGCCGGUCGCGUCGCGUAGGCGGGCGUCCGCCGCCGCGCGCCGUAGCACAGCACGUUGCUCGGCACGCUCUGCGCCUUGAACAUGUCGGAGAGCGUCCUCGCGAGGAUCUCGCGGACGCUCGAGCGCGACUCGAACGUCGUCCACGGCGGCAGCUUCGGCGCGCGCGAUCGCGUCGUCGCGAGCGUCCGGCGAAGGAGCGCGUCGAGAUACGCGGGCGGGUCGCCGUCGCGCGUCAGCGCCGGCGUCGGGAGCCCGGCGAGGACGCAGACGGAGUAGACGCACUCCCUCAGGGACGCGAUGGCGGGGUACGCGCAUCGGACGACGGCGGGGACCGGCGGCGCGCGACGUCGCGGUCGCGGCGGACGAUCGGCGGGGGGAGGUGCCAUGUUUCGUCGACGAGAUCUCGGUGUCGGUUCCUCCUAGCUAGGACGCGUCCGUCGCGUCAGCGCCUCGCGCGCGCGCCGCGGAGUCGCGCGUCGACGCCGCGCGUCAUCCCGGCGCGCGUCUCCGCGUCGGGUGGAAUCGCGGCGUGGACGUCGGUCGCGACCCGAACGUGCCGCGCGCGCGCUCGUCUGUCCAUGCAGCUCCCGCGAAACUAUUCAUCAGACGGUGACGCCUCGACGACUGCAUCAUCGCGCUCAGUUCGCACCGCGCGUCUCGAGGAUGCGGCCGGUGCUGACGCUCCUCGGCGCGUUCGGCGGCGCCGCCGCGUGCGUCGGCGGCGCCGCGGUGGGAUACGGCACGAUGCUCGGCGCGACGCCGCGGCCGUGCCCGCACUGCGACGACGACGCGGACGUCCGGCGCGGAGGAGGAGGAGGAGGACGACGCGCGGGCGGGCGGAAGACGUCGUCGUCGUCGUCGUCGUCGUCGGCGGCGUCCCCGGCGGUGGAGGAGGCGAGGCGGCGCGCGGCGUACGACGCGCUCGCGGAAGAGUUCGACGAGAAGCUCGAGUGGCACGAGCUCCUGACCGGGAUCAAAGCGAUGCGAUGGUGGAUGAUGCGGCAGGCCAAGGGCGAGGUGCGCGUCCGCGUCCAUCGAUUCGUUUUUCUUCUCGAGUCGCUCAUCUCUCCGCGUCGCUCACGCCUCACUCAUCGCUCCUUCGUCGCGCGCAUCAGGUCUUAGAAGUCGCCGCGGGAACGGGAAGAAACUUCGCGUACUACCCGGCGGGGACGAAGCUCACCGCGACGGACUGCUCCGAGCCCAUGGUGGACGUGUGCAGGGCGAAGGGCGAAGCGUCGCGCGGCCCACGCGGCGGCGGCGGCGCGCGCUUCGCGAAGCUGGACGUCAAGGUCGACGACGCCGCGCGGAUGAAGUUCAAGACCGGAUCGUUCGACACCGUCGUCGACACGUUUGGGCUGUGCAGCUACGAAGACCCGGUCGCGACGCUGCGAGAGAUGGCGAGGGUGUGUAAAAGCGGCGGUAUAAGCGGCGGCGACGGCGGCGGCGGCGGCCGGCUGUUCCUCCUCGAGCACGGCAGAAGCGACGCGCACGGAUGGCUCUCGAACAUCCUGGACGCGCACGCGACCGCGCACGCGGCGAAGUGGGGGUGCUACU